AUGGCACUACGAACAUUGAGCAUUGUUGAUUAUAUUUUUCUUAUUAUACUUCUUCUAUCAUCGGCUGUUAUUGGUGUUCUUUUUGGAUUUUUUAAACGAAAACAAAGUUCAUCUAAAGAAUAUCUUCUAGCUGGUGGUAGUAUGGGAGUAUUUCCAACAGCUCUUAGUAUUAUGGUGUCGUUUCUUUCUGCUAUUACAAUAUUAGGAAUACCUAGUGAAGUCUAUGUUUACGGAACUAUGUAUAUUUAUCAAGGUAUUUCAUACAUAUUGUCUUCAACAAUAACAGCAUUAGUAUUCAUGCCUAAAUUUCGUGAAAUGAAUUGUACAAGUGCUUAUGAAUAUUUAGAAAAACGUUUUGAUAGAAAAGUACGCAUGUGUGCAUCAUUUUCAUAUUCAUUCCUUAUGUUGAUCUAUAUGGCGCUUGUUUUAUAUGCUCCUGCAUUGGCAUUAAGUCAAACUACUGGUUUAAAUAUUUGGCUUUCUGUUGUUUCAAUAGGUGUAAUUUGUACAUUUUAUUCAUCAGUCGGUGGUAUGAAAGCAGUCAUUUGGACAGAUGUUUUACAAGCAGUAGUAAUUUUUGUCGGUAUUCUUGCUGCUCUUAUACAGGGUUUUAUAGUAGUUGGUGGUGUUAAGCGAACAUUCUCAAUAGCAUACAAUGGUGGCCGAAUUGAAUUUAAUAGUGUAAGUUUUGAUCCACGCGUUCGUCAUACAGUCUGGUCAUUAAUUAUUGGUGGCGGACUUAAUGCUUUAUCUGUCUUUGGUUUUAAUCAAACUCAAGUUCAACGUUAUAUGUGUGUUCGUACAACACGUGGUGCUAGACAAGCAUUAUUUAUAAAUGCAGUUGGUAAUACUCUUGUUGUAAUUUUAUGUGGUAUUAUGGGAAUUAUUAUUUAUGCAUAUUAUGUUGAUUGUGAUCCAUAUACAGCUAAAUACAUUUCAGGUAUUGAUCAAAUAUUUCCAUAUUUUGUUAUGGAAGUAUUAAGUGAUAAAAAAGGUUUACCCGGAAUAUUUCUUGCUUGCAUUUUUUCUGGUUCAUUAUCAACAAUAUCAUCUGGUGUAAAUAGUCUUGCAGCUGUUUUUAUUGAAGAUGUUUAUAAAAGUUUAAUGGGAAGAACAUUAAGUGAUGAACGACAAGGUUUUUUAUCAAAAAUCUUGUCAAUUAUAUUAGGAGGUGUAGUUAUGUUAUUAACAUAUAUUGUGAGUUAUCUUGGAUCAGUACUUAAUGCUGCAUUAUCAUUAUUUGGUGUUUUAUCUGGUCCAAUAAUGGGUGUUUUUUUUCUUGGUUUCUUUUUUCCAAAAGCAAAUAGUCAUGGUGGUUUUAUUGGUUUUUUAACAAGUCUUUGUUUACAAUUAUGGAUUCUUUUGGGAGCACAACUAACUAAAAAACAAGUGAAAAGUAAACGUUUACCAUUAUCAGUUGCUAAUUGUUCUGUACCAAUUAAUAUUACAACACCAAUAACAAAUCCAAUCAAAUUAAAUCCAUUACUUGAUUUUUAUUCUAUUAGUUAUCUAUGGUAUUCACCAAUAGCUCUUGGUACUGUUAUAACUGUUGGAAUGAUUGUAUCUUAUUUAACUCGUCCAGUUAAACCAAAGGAAAUCGAUCCGAAAUUAAUAAUACCUGUUAGUGGUAUAUGUUGUUUUUGUUUACCUAAACGUAUACGUGAUUGGCUUCGAUGUGGUUUUACAGAUGAUGAUUAUUUAGAAAAAAAGGUUCAGAAUAAUAAUGAAUUAAUAGUGCCAAAAGGAUGUAAUACAAUCCAUACUAGUAAAAUUCAACAGACACUUGGUACAAAUACCAUAGCUAUAUUUCCAUCGGGUGUUGUCAUAAGAACAACAAUGAAUGGUGCUUAUGAUAAUCCAACAAUAUGGACGAAAGACUAA